AAAUAAGCUGCCCUCUCUUCUCUCGCAUCUCAGUCUGUGAGCAGUGGAGCACAGAGCGAGCUCUGGUAGCGCAUUCCCGACAUGUACACCUGUAAGCCCUAUUCAUUCACUCAGGGAUGCAGCGUUCAUGUAUGAAUGGCAGCGACGGCGUUAUCUGCAGCAAAGAGUGUUUGAAAUCUGUCUUGACGAUCAUUUGAGCUGGGAGGCAGAGGCAGCGGAGGAGAAGGCGACAUGCAGAGAAGUGGAUGCUGAGCUGCUCCAGUCUGCAAUUAAGGGGCUGGCACUAAGGACGCGACCCUACACGAGGAUUGGAUAGCACCCACCGGAUGCUGUGAACGAAAUCCACUAGUUGUCACCCCAACUCUGCUGCUCGCAUGCGUGCCAAGCACACUGUCCUUCCCCAGAAAGAGAACUUGAGGGAUCCCUCUGUUCAUCACAGCUGACACUCCAAGGCCCAGCACCCUAUCAUUAGGAACACCACAAAAGGAUUAGACUCUGCGGAUCAUCAUUCACCUCUAAAUAAACGACUGAUCUGAACCUUUGGUUCACUCAUCCUCCACCCACAGAGAGCAGAACAGCAUCAGGUGUUGGAAUGGCCAUGCGUGUUAACUAUAAACAUAGGUAGUGACAUGACUCAGGUCUGACCCUGGAAAUGCCGAAGAGACGAGACAUCGUCGCCAUUGUGUUGAUUGUGUUGCCUUGGACACUGCUCAUCACUGUUUGGCACCAGAGCGCCAUCACUCCUCUGCUCGCUACAAGAAAGGAUGACAGACACGAUGGUCAUUCCAACUCCAGGAACACCUUUGCUUUCAAGGACUCUUGCUCCCUACAGAACCGGGACAUCGUGGAGGUUGUGCGCACUGAAUACGUCUACAGCCGGCCUCCGCCCUGGUCUGACAUCCUGCCCACCAUCCACAUCAUCACUCCCACCUACAGCCGCCCAGUGCAAAAGGCAGAGCUGACUCGUCUGGCCAACACUUUGCUCCAUGUGUCCAACCUGCACUGGAUCCUGGUGGAGGACUCCCAGAGGAGGACCGCUCUGGUCACACGUCUCCUCCAGGACACAGGGCUUAACUACACCCACCUCAAUGUGGAGACACCCAGGAACUAUAAGGUACGAGGAGACACCAGGGACCCGAGAAUACCACGAGGCACCAUACAGAGGAAUUUGGCUCUGCGAUGGCUACGAGAGACGUUCAGUGUAAAUAACAGCCAGCCUGGGAUUGUCUACUUUGCGGAUGAUGACAACACAUACAGUUUGGAGCUGUUUGAGGAGAUGCGUUCCACUAAAAGAGUGUCGGUGUGGCCAGUGGCCUUUGUGGGUGGCCUACGAUACGAGUCCCCAAAAGUUAACACCCUGGGCAAAGUUUAUGGCUGGAAAACUGUAUUCGACCCACACCGGCCCUUUGCCAUCGACAUGGCUGGGUUUGCAGUAAACCUGCGCCUCAUUCUGUCCAAACCUCAGGCUUAUUUCAAGUUACGUGGGGUGAAGGGAGGAUAUCAGGAGAGCAGCUUAUUAAAGGAGCUGGUCACUCUAAGUGACUUGGAACCCAAAGCUGCUAACUGCACUAAGGUAUUAGUAUGGCACACACGGACGGAGAAGCCUGUGCUGGUAAAUGAGGGCAAGAAAGGAUUUACAGACUCCAACGUAGAGAUAUGACAUACUUCAUCUGACACAGGGGGAGUUUCUCAACUGGAUUCUGCCUGGAUUCAAAUCAACCUCAGAGCUUCUAAAAGCAGCGGCCAUGGCCAAAAAUCUUACCAUAGCUUAGAAAUGGAGGUACAGCUGUCCCCUCCAUGAAGCCAUGUGCGUGCACCGACCACAGAGUAUAAAAGCACAACCGCACAAAAACAAAGUGGCCUGUUCUGCUCGGAGCAGUGGCCGACACUCACAGGAGUUGCCAAAAGGAGCUUGCCCAAUGAGGUCUCCUCGGAGAGCCGAGACAAAGGAUGUUACGUGACUUAAACUGCAGGAAGAGAUGGUACGGCAAGCAAUAAAGAGCCCUGUCAGCGCAGACAACACCAGCCAACCAUCCAAUCAGCAUUAAAUAGGGCCCUUUUGUUCUGAGGCAUGCUGGCUGUCGGGCACAGGGCUGCAAAGAGGAAUAAAAGAAGUCCUUGUUUGAAGUGAGUCAGCACUGACUGACAGAUAGCACUGAUGGGAUCUGAGCCCUCCCCUCUCGUACUGUACAACACUGAGCUAUUUAGAUAGCACCCUGAACCCAGCACUAAUUAAACACACAUUCACAUACGCUCAGCUGUCACACUGCACAGAGACACACAAAACACAGAGCAGUAAUUUAUUUUAGUGUAACAGCAAUGUCCUCUCACACUCAUUUACUAGGAGCUCUGGUUUAGUCCUGAUAUGCUGUAACAUUACCGAGGUCUCCUCAUAUUUAAGAGAGGAUUGAGUGUAGCUAGUAGCCUGUCCACUCUGCAGGCUUCCUCGUAAGCUAAUUAACUGAACUGAAGGUUUCUUUGCAUUUAUUUAUUGUUUCAGAGUAACUGGUACCAUUCCCUUGUUAGUUGUGAACUAUACUUGUGAGAAUCAAUGGAAUAUGAAGCCAUUACUUUAAAAAAUGGAUGUGCAUCCUUUCUUUUAGCUGUGUUACACAUCCUAAUUAUUCCCACCAUGGAUGGAUGACUUGCAAGUGAUGAUUUCAUACCCCAUUGACUUGCAGUGGCAUCGCUUUUAAAUGCAAAUGUUCUCUCAGAGUCUGUGGCUUAGAAGAGUUUGGUCAGUUAGUAAAGUGGCAGGCUGUUGAAACCUUGAACUCUUACUUUAAAAUAAGGGCCUGAUGUUGCUACAACACUGCUUGGGUGUCAUUCAAAAGCUCUUUAUAUCACUUCUGCCUCAUUUUGUCUCAUGAAGCUAUUUUUUUGUUUGUUUUACAGGCCUAAUAUGUAUCUGUUUCAGUAGCUGCUACGUGUCACACUGGCAAAAAAUAUUCACACAAGCAAUACAAAUGUAACAAUAUGGCAUAGAAUUGUGACUCACAGACAGAAGUCAUUAAUUACUUUUAAAGUGGCAAUCUACGGGUAAGAAGAUGUGCUUGAUAUUUCUGCUCGAUGUGUACAGAUUCAGUGUAACUAAAGGUACUGUAUGUACAUAGAUAUAAACUGCUCCCAUACAAUCAUGA